AUGGCACGCGAGCUCUCCUCAAAUUGGAAGCAGCUGCAGGCUCAGAUCCAGGCCGAGUCCUCCUCCAAACCAGACGGCAAAACGCCAAGCACCCUCAAGCGGAAAGCCUCCGGAAAGCCCUCGCCUCGGCCGCCAAGAAGCAGAAGAAGCCCGUCGUCUCCAAGACAGCUGCCGCCAGCACCAGCACCACCGUCACACCGCGCCCGCCGCCCUCGCCGCGGCAAGGGCCCGCCGCGUGCCCGCCGACCUCGCCGCACGCAUGGGCGCCGCGCAGUCGUCCAAGGUUGGCCAGACCCGGCGCGCACGGGGCCCUCGCCGUCCCUCGCCGCCUGGGCCGCCGAGAACGACGUGUCGGCCGAAUCGCUGGCCGAGGCCUACGGGCUCGGCCCUCCCCGGCAAUGCCAUUGCUCGCCGAGCCGGAGAAGGAGAACGCCGGGGCGCACGCCGGGUCUCGACGUCGGCAAGUCUACGACAGCUUUUGUGCGGCCGCGGGAGAAGGUGACCGACUGGCGUACGGCCGUCAGCGGCAUCGCGCCGCGCAAGAUGCGCCUCGCGCGCGAGUUUGAGGACGUCCAAGCCGAGGUCGCCGAGCUGCUCCAGGACAGGAUCCUCAUCGGCCACGACGUCAAGCACGACCUCGACGCCCUCCAGUUGACCCACUCGAUCAAGGACAUUCGCGACACAUCCAAGUUUCCCGGCUUCCGGCAAUACGGCAACGGCAAGAAGCCGGCGCUGCGGAAGCUGGCCGGGGAGAUUCUCAAGGUCGAGAUCCAGCAGGGGGCGCACUCUAGCGUCGAGGAUGCCAAGGUGACCAUGGCGCUUUUCAGGAGGCAUAAGCCAGCGUUUGAUGUCGACAAUACGAAUCGCUUCCCGACUUUUGCGCCAGGGGCCAGGAGUGCGGCAAAGAAGCCUAAGAAGAAGAAGAAAUAG